AUGAUAAGUAAUUUAUUUUCAAUUUUUGAUCCUUCAACUAAUAUUUUUAAUUUAUCUUUAAAUUGAUUAAGAACCUUAAUUGGUCUUUUAUUUAUUCCUUAUUCAUUUUGAUUAAUUCCUAAUCGAUAUCAUAUUUUUUGAAACUUAAUUUUUAAUAAAUUACAUAAUGAAUUUAAAACCUUACUAGGAAAUAAUCCUUUAUUUAAUAAUUUUACAUUAAUUUUUAUUUCAAUAUUUUCUUUUGUUUUAUUUAAUAAUUUUUUAGGUUUAUUUCCAUAUAUUUUUACAAGAACUAGACAUCUUACUCUUUCUCUUUCCCUAUCUUUACCAUUAUGAUUAAGAUUCAUAUUAUAUGGAUGAAUUAAUAAUACUCAACAUAUAUUUAUUCAUAUAAUUCCUCAAGGUACUCCUACUAUUUUAAUACCUUUUAUAGUAUUAAUUGAAACAAUUAGAAAUAUCAUUCGUCCAGGAACUUUAGCUGUUCGUUUAACAGCUAAUAUAAUUGCAGGACAUCUUUUAAUGACUUUACUUAGUGGCACAGGAUCUAAAUUUCCCCCUUCUUUAGUAAUUAUUUUAGUUAUUAUUCAAAUUUUACUUUUAACUUUAGAAUCAGCAGUUGCAGUAAUUCAAUCUUAUGUCAUUGCAAUUUUAAGAACUCUUUAUUCUAGUGAAGUUAAUUAA